UCUCUGUCAUGUGUACUGACGCUGAUCCAAGGUCAGUGCUUGGGGACAGGUGUCAACCCCUCCCGUUACCACGCCAAUCAUGCAUUUUCCCGGAUGACGAAAGACGUCAACAACCCUUAUCCUGGGCAUUUAUUUUUCAUGUUUGUAACUGUGCAUGGACUUGAAAAAGAGAUGCCUUUCAGCAAGAGUGCGAUGUUAACUUAAUAUUUGCGCCUGUACUUUCUGCAAACGAAGAAAGCACGCUUUAACUAACCACUCCCUCCUCGGCUAGCUCUAGCUAUUUGGUAUCAACAAAAGGAGAUUCGGCGAUUUGUUAACGGUUACUAUAACGAACUCCAGCCAUUUAGACACAACUGUUGAAGUCGGAUUUAUAACAGCACAAUGUCCGCCCCAGGCUCUGCUGCUGCGCCUCCCUCAACUGGAGAAGGUGAUGGCUCCACUGCUCCCCAGCCCCCCCCCAACCUCUCCAGCAACCGCCGACUGCAGCAGACACAGGCCCAAGUGGAUGAGGUUGUGGACAUCAUGCGCGUGAACGUGGACAAGGUCCUGGAGAGGGACCAGAAGCUGUCGGAGCUGGACGACCGGGCCGACGCCCUGCAGGCAGGGGCCUCCCAGUUUGAGACCAGUGCUGCCAAGCUCAAACGCAAGUACUGGUGGAACAAUCUGAAGAUGAUGAUUAUUCUGGGUGUGAUAUGUGCCAUCAUCCUCAUCAUCAUCAUCGGUGGAAUCUCUCUCCCUGACUCUCCCCCAUCUCCUUCUCUUUGCAGUCUACUUCAGCUCCUAAAUGGCACCACUCCGUAUGUUUAAACUCAAGCUUCAACAAAAGACCCCUGAAAUAAAGGAAACAUGCUGCCCGUUCACCUGGGACAUCCAUCCAGGUUCUUUGUGCAUAUGAACCCUCGCCUUUCUAACCUGUCAUGAAUAUUAUGACUUUCAUUGCUGUGUAUGUAACAGAGAGCAAACAGAAAAACGCAUUAAGUCUUGUGGUGGCUAUGGUUGAAUCGCGGUCAUGAUGUUCAAUAGUUUUGUUCUGAGAUGCCUUUUGUAGGUUGUGUGUGUGUCAUUUGUGUAUGAAACGGUGUACUUGUGCCUUUUUAAACGGAACUAUAUCUUUGCCUUUGGCUUCAACUUUUUGCCUAUUGACCAGCAUUGCCCUUCUUGCAGGGAUUAAUGCGUGUCUUUCUCUCUGGGAAUUGUGAUAUUUUUCUUUAUCUUUGCACAAUGGAUUAUAAGGACUCUCCUUAAACUGAAAUGUUGGUUUUGUAACAUUUUCAACUCCCAUCUUUAUCUGUGUGUUUUCGCAGACAUGCAGUUGUGUGGUUUUUACCUGGCCUCUCGCCUUAUGAAGCCUUAUUUUCUACUCUCUCUUUCUUGGUCUUUAAUCUCAUCCUUUUUGUAAACACCUACAGUAGAGGUAGGGCAUGUGGUAGGUAUGUUCUGUAUUUAGACUUGUUCUUAUUACUGAAACACAAUAGUCAUUGAAAGUAGUGUAGCUGUAUGCUGUCUAUAAUUGUACAUUGUUUUUGUUUGUUUGUGUGGUAACUGGCAAGAGGCCAGAAAUGAAAUGUAAUUUUCAGAAUUAUAAUUCACAAGUUGCAAAUGGACCGCUUUGUAAACCAGGAAGUAAUUUUGGAUCCUCAAUACUUAAAAUGGUGUGAAAUUAAAAUGCAUCAACUCUGGGUUUACAGGACUUUUUCUCCUUUAUUCAGGUCUGCUGAAGAGACUGAUUAUGCCUUCAUUGAUAAAUUAUUUGCAGACAACUGCCUAUAACCAACUAAUUUUACUGCACUGCACAAACCGUUGGUUAACGACAAUGUCCAAGUGAAAAGUGUACCAAUCGACUACAGAAAAUGAUUGAUUCAGGCUCCAAGAUCCAGCCCUUCAGUAUUUAUACUGUAUAAUGAUUUGAAUAUAUAAUUAGCUGAAAUGUGUGGAUCAGUCCUCUUAUUUUCAGAACUCAGAUAGCCGAUUUAACUCCACUCAAUGGGUUGAAUAAGGAACUCGUGCAUAUCCGUUGUGUUUAAUCUGGUAGCAUUCGUCUUUCUCUGCACAUCUCACCAGGACAGCUUGAUUUGGACUUAAAUUACCAUCUGGGGUCAACUGCCACCAAACUGUCUCUGUGGAUUUCUCUGCCAUGCCGGUGUAUGUCUCUGCAUGAUAAAUGACUCUGUGGCCCUUGUCUGUUCUGAUAUGCAGUCCAGUACUGAGUCAUUUCUCCUCCGCCCUGUGCUCUCGUGGCUCUGCCUCUCCCGAGCAAACUCAUUUAUUUCAGUGGAACUGCUCCCAUCUGGCUGGUGCUGCUCUGCUGCUGACACUAUAUUAGUGGCCAACGUGUCUCUCGCUUUUAAUGGAGGACGGUCUUGCUCUUGUAAGAUAUGCCUCUCGUUUCCCCUUUGAUCUAGCGCAUAACUGUGUAGAGCAGCCCGCCCAGACAUACACAUACAGUACCCUGUUGGCAAAUUAACAUAAAUUAAAGAAAUUAAAUAAAAUAAAAAAUUAAAUAAAGUUAUUGCAUACUUCUGACUGCUAGAAAAAUCAGGUAUUGCGUAAUUCAACAGAUCUUCAAUAUAUUUAAAUUUGGAGUUGCAAUUUUAGGAAGAAAAUGUUGCUAUGUGUGAUUGAUUAUGGACUAAAUGCUCAAUAUUGUGGAUUACUGAAGAUUUGCACAGCCUAUUUAUAUCAAUAUGACAAAGGAUGGACUGAAAUGCAUAUUGAAAUCACUGAGAAUGGUAUGAGCAUCAACUUUCUAAAAAGGGAUGUAAUUUAUUCUAAUGACACAGAUGGUCUUUCAUAACUAAGAAUGUGAUUAUUGUGUAUGAAAUGUGCCACAAUUCUACCCUGGAACUUUGGUUACCCUAUGUGUGUGUGUUUCUGUGAUAUGUGAAAACAGAAUAAAUGGAAAAAAUUGAAAACCAAAAGUUAAUGUGAAAUAUUCAGUGCCAUUAAAAAAGCGACAGCGAAUGAUGAAUGAA